UUGCAGCAUAAAUUUAUUGAAGAGUGCACUACAGGCAGCUAUCCUAGUUAAAGUGCAAUGUAUCACAGUGCAGUAUCGAAAUUCUACAAAUUAAAGUGAAGAAAUGGCAAAUAUGACAUCCACUUUAGACGAUCAACAAGAACGCCACUAUAUUGGUAAUCUUCUAUGUGAAGAGGAUGUUUUCGGACAGACAAAUGGUCGCACUAUCGAGACGAAUGGAAACGGUAAUGUAUUGUCUGGAAAUGUGUUACCAACUUCAGGUCCAAUUGGUCCAACCCCAAACCGUACCUUCUGGCCAGAACCACCACCACCAUAUAGUCCAUGCUCCAUUGCCCCGCCACACUGGGCAUCAUCUGGUCAAGUUCCAGGAUUAAUGGCUCCACCACCAGUUGCUGUACCUUAUGGUCAAACACCCACUGCAACAGCUGUAACGCGUACUGAUUUUUAUCAGUCGUCUUUUGGGGGGCAUGACGAAUGGGAUAAUAUACCAGGCGCAACCAUCGAUGCAUACAUGUCAACUGGAAUGCCGUACUCCUCUCACCGAACGGUAUCGGUUUUGAAAUCACUUAUGGCACCCAAUAGUACUUUGGAUACAAUGCAGCAACAUCAUUAUCAAAACAUGUACCGUCACCACCAGCAACAUCUUGGAAGCUCUCCAGUUGAUCCACGGAUUUUUGCAGCUCCUCCACCACGUGUUUAUUCUAGCGUCGAUGAAAGUGGCCUGGUGCAUAUUGAUUCAUAUUUGCCCCCGCAUCUGCCACCUAAGGGAAUUAAAAAAACAAGUAAUCCGAUUAACGAUGUUCCUUCAACUGUGUUUUUACCGGAAGUGACCAAAGAUGCAGUUCUACCACUGAGUAAAAGUUAUCGAGAUGCAGCUUCCAAGAAACAGCAUGUCAUGUCAAGUUCAUCGCUUUCUUCUCUAAUACCAAAUCCACCAGCGUCUGUUCGUCAUACUUCAUCUUUUUUUUCAGGAGGAAAAGAUGGUGACAAUCAAACUUCAAAAAGUAUAACAUCAACAAACGGCAUAAAUAGUAAUCGCCAAUCGAUUGAUGAAGCCUCAGUUGUGCCGAUGUCCGGUAUCGUGAGUGAUGUACACAAUGAGCAGAAUGAAGGAAUUAUCCAUCCUAAAAGCAAUAUCGCAACAAAGAAAAGUUGUGGUGGUCAUGGGAAGAAAAAAGCCGAUUAUGAAUUCCAGAAAAUCACUCAUAAGAAAAACAAAGGUGCCAAGAGCAAUAAAAAUGAUCAAGUGAUCACUGAUGAAGAUGGACUAACCGGUAAUCAAGCCGUAGAUGCUUCCAGUCGUUUUGAUGUUUUACAAUCUCUUGGGACGCAGGCCACAAAUACAGUUCUACGUCGCGUUACACGUCGAUCACUGUCUUCAGUGGUUGUUCACCACGAACCAUCAGUGGAUGUAGUUACAUCGAAAACAAAAAGUAGUGACGUCUCAUUGGAAAGUACGGAAAAGGUUGAUGAAAAUGACAGCACAUUAACUGAAAAUAAAAUCAAGGAAUUUAAUCAAAAUGGAAUUAAACCAUCAGGCUUCUGUUCAACUCAGCGUAAUGUAUUCAAAAAAAUGAUUGGUGCUCGUCGUGAGCUGAACGCACAAGCACCAACUGAUUCUGCGAGAGGCAAUCGGAAACAGCGUAAUUCCAUUAAAAAACGUCAGAAUAGCGUAGCUGACUACUUAAAUAUUAUGGUAACGCUCGUAUUUUCCAUCAUCAAGCAUGCUCUUCAAUGGAUUAUGGAUCUUGUGUGGGAUAUAUCAUUGCAGCUAUGGGAUAUUACCCUUUAUAUAAUUGUGGCUGGUUACACCAGCAUUGUCUUCAAUUGCCAACGGUGCUGGUAUUCCAUGUUAGAUGCGCAACGAAAAUGUUGGGAAAAUAUUCGAUUGUUCAAUAUAAAAAGAAUGUGGAUGAAUCAAAAAAAGACUGUUGAGUGGGGUCUAAAUGAAAAUAUUCAGUUGCCGGUAACAGGAGAAGAAGCAAUGGAACGAAUUUUGAAAUGUCGUGGACGUGAUGCGUAUAUGGUACUGGGUUUAAGGGCUGACUGUAAGGAUGACGAUAUUAAACGAUAUUAUAAAAAGCAAGCUGUUCUGGUGCAUCCUGAUAAGAACCAUUUAAGUGGAGCAGAUGAAGCUUUCAAGAUUCUUUCGAGAGCAUUUGAUGCGAUUGGUGCACCCGAUGUUCGGAACAAAUAUAAUAUCGCCAAUCUGCAUAAAAAUCCACUGCACAAGGAAAUGGAAGAGUUAUGGGAGCGCUUGCGUGAAAAGAUGAACGAAGCUCGGAAUGCGAUGUACUGCGAUUGUGGUAAUAAGCACACACGUAUACCAGUAGAAAGUAUUCGAGCUUCAGAAGCUCGUUACUGCAAAAAGUGCAAACUCCGUCAUCCUGCAAAACAUAACGAUAUUUGGGCAGAAACUCGUUUCGGUGGCUUUAUUUGGAUUUAUUAUGCAUGUUUAGAUGGUGUUGUCUACGAUAUUACACAAUGGGCUACGUGUUCGAGUAAUCACUUGAAGCAUAUGAAAGCCAACAGCCAUAUGGUGCAAUAUCGUUUAGUGACAACAACCGGAGCAUCAGUAAACAAAAAUCCGUUGAAGCAAACUAAAGCUGGACAUGAAAGACAUGAGUAUGAUGACUUGUGCUCUUAUAAUCGAGGAGGACCAGACGAUGAUGGAUGUACUUGUUCGGUGUCGCUUGGUUACGGUGGUCCGGCUGCAGCAUCACAACAAGCAUCCUAUCGCCCACCGGAUAGGAAUCCAUUAAACGGUGAUCGACCGCGUCGUGCUGGAAGACGUCGGAGACAGCGCUGAAACAGCUAAUUAACUAAAUUCAGAAAUUCGGUUAUUGAUGAUUACAUUGCUCUGCAUUGAAUUUUCCUUAUACACAUCUCCUUAGUAAUCAUGCAGUUCAGUUCUUUAAAAAUUGGUUCUUUUAAAUUUGUUAGUGGUAACACAGUGAAGCUUACAGAUCUCAAGCUUGUAAGGUCCAGAAAAGACCUUUAAAUAGAAAGAAUGCUCCAUGGCUUGAGUUGGUUUUCUGUUGUUUCGCAGAUAUCCUCUUGAAGCUCUCAGACUACACGGAAGUAUUUUAGAAACUUGACUACAGUAAUUAGCAAAGCUGUCUGGUGUUCUGUGGACUCUCUUCAAGAAUAUCUAGCAUAAAAAUUGGUCCACGUCUACCUUAUUUUGACUUGAAAUAUCAUUUUAUAGACUGAAACACAGUGUUACCUCAUACCACAUAUAUCCUUCUGAAGUGUUUGCGAAGCAAGUUAGUAAUUCAUAACUUAGUUCUGUUGCAUGCUU